AAAUUACAAUACUUACCAUACGAGCAAUUUAUCUCGUUCGAAAAGGACAAACCGUACUUAUCCCUGGUAUAUUUUUUUUUACUGAGUCUUUGCCUAUAUAAACAGCCCCCAUAGCUCAAAAUUCAAGAAAUUAGAAAAACAAAUUUCAGAAAAUCCUUAAAAACUCUCUCUCUCCAUUUUCCAAAAAACUUCCUUUUCUUCUCGGCCUUUUAUAGCUACUACCAAGAACAAAAAUGGGUCUUCAAGAACCAGAUCCUCUUAAACAGCUGAAUUUACCACCUGGUUUUCGAUUUUAUCCUACUGAUGAAGAGCUUUUAGUUGAAUACUUAUGUCGCAAAGUGGCUGGUCAUAUUUUUGAGCUGCAAAUCAUUGCUGAAGUCGAUUUGUACAAAUUUGAUCCAUGGGUUCUUCCUAACAAGGCGAUUUUCGGCGAAAAAGAAUGGUACUUCUUCAGUCCAAGAGAUAGGAAGUAUCCGAACGGAUCACGACCUAACAGAGUAGCUGGCUCUGGAUACUGGAAAGCAACAGGAACAGAUAAAGUUGUUGCAAGUGAAGGACGAAGAGUUGGGAUCAAAAAGGCUUUGGUGUUUUACGUUGGUAAAGCACCGAAAGGAACUAAGACCAACUGGAUAAUGCAUGAAUAUCGACUCUGUGAACCUUCAAGGAAAAUCGGAAGUCCAAGGCUUGAUGAUUGGGUUUUAUGCCGGAUUUAUAAGAAGAACGUUGCUGCCCCGAAACCGGGUAGUUGUGAUCUUCGAAACAAAGAUAUAAGCCAUGGUGGUUCUUCCUCCUCGUCUUCUUCGCUGUUUGGUGAUAUGCUGGAAACUCUACCGGUCAUUGAAGACCGGUAUUUCUCGUUGCCACAAAUGAAUUUUCAGCAAAGCGAUACCAAUCUCAGUCUCCAGCAGUUUGGUUCCGGUAACUUCAAUUGGGCAGCUACUGCCCAAUCGUUGUUCCCGGAACUGGCUACUCAAAAUCCAGCUUCAGGUCCACCUCCAGCAGCUCCUCCGAUGCUUGUUAACAAUCAAAACAAUUUGAACAACUUGAACGAAUUUUUCGCCAAUUCAACGGCGUUAAAUUUUCAUGAAGACGUAAAGAAUGAAGGCGGAUCUGAGCAAGAGGUUCAAAGCAGUGUUAACAACCCGGGUUUUUACCCGGUUAACUCAACUGGAUUUCCGGGUACCGACCCGUUUGGGAUUCGGUACCCGACCCAGACCCAAACAGUGGGUGCCGGUUUCACUACUCAGUAAGUAAUCGAAGGGUUAGAUUGGUAAUUUAACGAGGUUUGGGUAAAGGAUAAAAAUGGCAAUUUGGAAAUGUUGAGUUCAUUGGGUUGGAAAAGGGGCAUUUUAAUUUUGUUCAUGCAAGGAUGUAUUUAUACAAUGUAUUUUCUUUUAAGCUUUUGUAAGGUAGUACUUAGAAAUAUAGGAGGAUAUAGCUAAUUUUCCUUUUGUUCUAAAACUUUUGAGUAUUAAUGUAACUUUAGUGGUGUUUUUUUUUUU